UUUUUCCGAGUGGUUCAUCAUAUUUUUUUUGUGAUUCAGUGCAAUUGACACAUAACAAUUUUAAUAUAAUAUUUAAUAAAAAUGGGUGGAAAACAUAAAGUAGCAAACCGCACUAAAAAUAACGCAAGGCCAUCCAACAGCGGCAGAAGUGCGGAAUUGUUGGGCUCACAAUUUGUAGGCUUUUCUGGCUUAAAGGAGACUGGUUUUGGUCUAGGUGGUUUCUCAUUGAGUAACACAGAAGAACUUGAUGCUCUAAUGGAUAGUAGUUUCCAACUUAUUUUGAAGAAAAUCAGUAAGAGGGAUUCAACUACUAAACUCAAGGGGUUACAAGAACUGGCAGAAAGUAUCAAAAGUUCCGAGCCUGAAACUGUGAAAACUUUGUUGCCAUUGUGGCCAAGGCAUUUUGUAGUGCUUGCCACAGAUACAGAUAAUAGAGUGAGAGAAGCUGCACACAAUGCUCACCAUCAGAUUGUUUUAAAAGCCAAAAGAAAUAUAGCUCCAUUUUUAAAACAGUUAAUGGCACCAUGGUUUACAUCUCAGUAUGACAGUUAUCCUCCAGCUGCCUCUGUUGCUACACAGGCAUUCAAAGACACUUUCCCAUCCACUAAAUUUCAAGAGGCCAUUAUAUUUUGUCAGGAAGAAAUACUUUUAUAUAUAACAGAUAAUUUAAUAGAGCAAAAUGUGCAAACACUGAUGAACUCAAAGUUGGUAUCAGCUGAAGAUGCUGAAGCAAAAUAUGAGAGAUUGUUAGUCUCAUGUCUACAAGGAUAUUAUCUCUAUUUAACAAAAGUACCUGUAGAUCAAAUUAAAAAAGUAGCUGAAUUAAAUAAUGUUAUUAUAUCAAAUAACAAGUUCUGGAAAUUGGCCAAACAUAAAAUACCACAAAUACGGUCAGCAUGGUUUGAAGUUAUUGCAGCUUUAAUGCAACAUGCAAAAUUCUUAUUAGAUGCAAAGGCUGCAGUAGUUACAACAACAGUUUUCAAUAAUUUGGAUGAAACUGAUCCUUCAGUAUUACCUCAUGUUUGGGAAUCAGCUUUAUUGAUAAUGUCAUCAAUUGAGAACUGGUGGACUUACAUAAGUAUAGAAAAAUUAUUUUUACCCAAGUUAAAUAAAAUUUUAAAGCAAGGUGCUCAGGGAACUGCAUCAGUGAUAUAUCCAAACCUUCUUCCAUUGUUGUCCCAUCUGCCACCUUCAAUUGAAGCUAAUAUUUUCUACACAAACUUUUUUGAAAAUAUUCGGCUUGGUUUAAAACAGAAACACGUUUUGGCAAGUAGAUCAGAAUCAGUGGCAGUGGCUGAGGCUUUAAUUGAAUGUCUACAAUAUGUGAUACUUAAAAACCAGUCAGAAAUAAACCUCUGCAAAAAAAUUAUUAGUGAGCAUGUAAUUACUACAAUAGAGUGGUGCCUCAUAGAAAAACAAGCAUGCCAUAAAACCAUUUUUAAUCAUGUAGCCUCAUUGGCCCAGUACUGGAGCAGGAACCAUUCUCAAGUAGGAUUUGAGAACUAUUCAUUGUAUUUGGAAUAUCUCUUUGAUAAUAUAACUUCCCUUCUCAAAGACACACUGUUUAAUGUGAAAAGUAUAAGACCUUUUGAUGUUAUUGAUGUAUCUUCAAAACAGAUAGAACUCUUGCAAUGUUUGAAACAUUUUACAAAGUCAAAGAAGCUUAACAAAGUACAAUUUACUGAAUGCAAUGAUUCAACAAAACAUCAGGAAAAACCUUGUGAUCCAGCAAUGCAACCACCUGAUCCAUAUUUGAUGAAGCUGUAUAAUGUGGUAUUUAAUAUUUCUGUAGAAUAUGUCAAGUAUAUUGAAGAAUACAGAACCAAAGAUUUAAUGAAACACUUCUAUUCACUGGUAGUAGAUUUUGACACUAAAAAUUUCUUUUAUAAUUUGACUCAGAAGAUGAAGCUAAAGGAGGAGAAUUUUGUUUUGAUAAAUAUAUUUGAUAAUAUUUUAUACAAAUGGUUAAUGUCAAGUGACUUGUCUUCAAAACAUGUAGUUGAUUUAAUAUUUUUGCUGUAUAAUUAUGUGGAUGGUUCUGAACAGGAACACAUUAUGAACACCAUAUCAAAGAACGUUUCAAAUGAAUGUUUGAGUUGGUGUAUAUCACAGUGCCUCUCACACCCAAUGAACCAAAAUCCAUUGGUCCAAAAUUGGCUUAAGAACGACAAUGUCAGUAAGUUUAUUGUGACACUAGCAGAAAAAGAAAUUUCCGACAAUAGCACGCCAGAAUUAAGUGUACUUUUUAAAUUGGCCCUAACUGAAAACAAAAAUGAGGAGCUGUUUAUUCAAAAGGAAGCUGUAAUAGAAAUCAUAGACAAAUUGGUUAAUGUAAUGGAAAACCAAGACGAAUUCGUAAUUACGUUCGAUACGUGCGUUAGUUUGGCGUCAUACAUUUCCGCUGUUGUUUACACUGAAAAUUUGCUUCUAAAUUAUGGAGACAAACUCUUAUUGGCAUUGUUUAAAUUAUCAUGCAAGCAUAAUUUUGACCCUGAUAUUAUGUCAUCUGACACCCUCUAUGAAAUGAACUCGGCCUGGGAAGAUGCAAUAAAUUUGUUAAGCAUGAAUCUGGAUAAACCGAAAUUUUUGGAGCUGACAAAAAGAUUUUCGGCCACAGUCGAAGAUGUUCUACUGCAAAGUGAUCUAAAUCAAGGUGUUAUAAAGCAUCUCACUUUAAUAGUAACGAAUUACAUCAAAAAAAGUAUUCCUUUUGCCAGUGAUGUCGUUAACGUAUUUAUAAAUAGGCAAUUUGUAACAUUUGAGAAUGAACGCAUAACUAAACUGUGCAAAGCGGCGGAAUACGUAACUGGCAAUCUUUGUUCUCCAUAUGAAGAUAUUAAUUGUGGUGUUGAAGACUUUGAUGAGUUUAACAUUUAUAAAUAUUUUGUUUGGAUGCAUCUAAAGAAUAGCAUUAUAUCCAACACUAUAGACAAUGAAGAUACGGAAGAUUGCGACAGCGAGGACGAAGAUGAGAAGUCAAAUGACUCUGUAUUAUCUUUGAUAUCAAAUCCUGAACAAUACGUUUGUUCAGUAUUAUACGACGUUGCCAUUUGUGACUCCUACUUAUUCCAUUAUAAAAAUGUCAAGUAUUACUGGGAUAUUAAAAUGUAUGUUAAUUUGACCAAAAAUCAACUCAAACAAACAAUAGAGGAGUCUUCAGCAGAUAAAAAAAGUGACCUGAAAUUAUACCUUAAAGAAAAAGUUCUUUCUGAAAGCUGGUUCUGGUGCAAAUCUGUUCAUUACUUAUAUAAAGACAUCUUACCCACAGAUUUAACAAGGAUUUAUGAAGAAUUCACUUUGGAAAUUCCCAAUGGUCCAAGUUUAAGUCGUCUACACCUCACUCAAACUCUAGGUUCUAGUCUUAACUUUGAUUAUGUUCAAAAUAAGUAUGAUACCAUUGAUAAUGUGAUAAUACUUAGAAGUUUGUUACAUUGCAAUGAAAUUGAUGUACAAAUUGCAGAAGUAUUUGGUAAAAUUGAAGCACUUAGACUACAGAAUGUACCUCAAUUCUUAUAUGAGUCGCACAAUAUUAGUUGGAUGAAAGUUGAGGAAAUAAUAGAAAUUAUUAGGCUAUGUGUUGGCCUGAUUUCCCAAAAAAUCUCAUCUUUGAAUAGAAGACAUUGGGAUUUUGGAGUAUUGUCUUUGGUGUCUUGGGCUUCAAAUUGUUUGAAAGCCAGAUCUCAUUACCAAAAAAUUCAAGUACAAGCAAUAAGCGCCGCUGUGGUAGAUUUAUAUGUAAAAACAGAGGAACAAAUCUGUAAGUUGCAACAAGAAUAUGAAAAUCAUAAUUUUGUUAAUGAAUGGAGAGAUGUAUUGGUGGAAAGUAUUCAUGCUGAUCUGGCUCAACUGUGGCUGUACUUAGCAGAACAAUUUGAAAAUAUGGAUUACAAAAAUCAACUUAAAUAUAUCGCCUUUAUUCAAUAUUUUGGAGAACUUAUUAACUAUGUUAACCACAAAUACAUAUUUAAAUUUAAUGAAAGUUCAUUGCCAAAGUGGACAAAAUUCCUCAAAAAAAGCUGUGCUCUGUUAAUCAGUAAAUUACCAAAUCUACAAAUGUGGGGUUAUAAAAUGCUUAUGAAAUUAGUACCAGGACUGAUAAAUAUAGAUUUUGAGGCUGUGAAUACAAAUACUCCUCACAAGAAGGGACUUACCUUUGAACAGUUCAAAGAAAAAUUAGUAGAAACUCAUGAAAUAGUUAAUAGCAUGUUAUCAGAUUUCAAAUUGGGUGAGGAUAGUUGCACUGUUAAAACGUCUACAGAUUCAUUUACAUAUACUUUUGCAUACCUACUUCUUUGGGAUGUAUUGUUAAACUUAUGCGAGCAAUCGCCAACAGAACUUCGAUAUCAAUAUGCUGAUUGGUUAAGGAAUGAAGAUUUGUUGAAGAACUUUUUGAACAACUUGUUCAGAUUAAUGCCAGCAGAAGUAUUACAUUUCAAUGAAGGCAAAUCCAAAGCCUUGCUGGACCUGUUUUUGGAAAAGCCCAAUUUAGAUAUUAAAGAUGAGUGUAACAGUGAGAAAAUAGAAAAAAUGGUUUGUUGGUUGUAUGCUCUAACAUUAGCCCAGCUGCCUGCUUUGGUUAGACAAUGGUGGGCCAGUAUAGAGACAAGGGUGUCUCAAGUAGUUGAAAAGGUCACUUCUGUCUAUGUGUCUCCCCACCUGUGUAACCAAGAGUUGACAGAUGUAAUGCAACACACAACCAAGUUUAAAAAUAUGGUGAUCAAAGUGGUACCCAGUGUAAGAGAAGUUAUAGCCGUUUAUACGGUCGAUGAAGCGCACAUGGAGAUAGUGAUAACGUUGCCGGCCAACUACCCAUUAGGGGGACCUGAAGUUCAGUGCAAUAGGCAAAUUGCAGGAACAACUCACAAGCCUUGGCUCUUACAAUUCAAGAAAUGCGUCUUACAUCAAAAUGGAAGAGUUUGGGAUGGUUUGGCUUUAUGGAACAAUAAUUUAGAUAAAAAGUUUGAUGGUGUAGAAGAAUGUUACAUUUGCUUCGCGGUAUUACAUCCGGGAACAUAUCAGUUACCCAAGUUAUCAUGCCAAACAUGUAAAAAGAAAUUCCAUUCAGCAUGCUUGUACAAAUGGUUCAGCACCAGCAAUAAGAGUUCCUGUCCAAUUUGUAGAAAUUUGUUUUAAAUUUAUUUUAUUUUUGAUAAUUUGUUUUUUGGAUUGAAAUAUUUUUUCAUCAGCUGUAAAUAUAUAUUUUUAAACUUACACUGUAAAAAUAAAUCAGAUAUAAGUACAUAAAAUAUAUGUUAUUAA